AUGACUGAACCGACCUUGACCAAUGGGUCCAGCACCGCGGCCCUCGACCCAGUCUCGACGAGAGUGGCUUUGGCAACCUCGUCCACAUCGAUCCGUAUUGCGCAGUUGCGGACCAUUGACGACAAGAUCACCAAUGGCGAUCUCGAGCCAGCAGCCAUUGCCAAGUUCCUUCCCGUUCUCUUCUGGACCCAUGCCUCGUACGAAGACCGGCCGUCGAGACGUGCCGUGCAAAAAUGCCUGAUCUCGAUCUGCGACAAGAAAAACGGCCAGCUUCUAGCGCCCCUAGUGGCCGCCAUUCGUGCGGAGGCAUCGAAGCUGAACACGUCCACAGGAAGCACCUUCACGCUCAUAGAAUGGUGCAGCAUUAUUAUGCAGCAGCUGGCCGGAACGGAGCUUUGGGACAAGGUCGGAAACGACAUCCUUGUUGCUCAGGCGAGUGCCGUUGAAAAGUGCACGCGACCACCCACGCGGCAAAGCGUCGCGCAUUCCGCCCUCGUGGUGGCCCGGCGAGGCUUCCGUAAGCUUGUGUCUCUCGACAGCACACGUGAGAAAGCCAUUCUCGAGUCCGUCAAGGUUCUGGCUGCCAAGGGAACCCAGCCGACUGCGCGCAACUCAGUAUUCCUUGGCGUUAUCGCUGGCGUGUCGGCCCGGAACGCCAAAGCCAAGGCCAUCUUUGAGACGACAAAGCCACAGUACUUUGAAUUUUUCACACGUGAGAUUACGAGCUCCAAGACACAGCUAUCGAGCAACGUGGCUGCUGGCCUGCAAGACUUUUUCCAGAGCUUCGUGACUGUACAGGAUCUGGAGACCCAAAUUGUGCCUGCGAUCAAGAAGGGCCUGCUGCGUGCGCCAGAAAUUGUCCUUGACGACCUCGUCACGCCUCUUGUGGAUUCUUUACCCAAGACCUACGACCUGUCGAAUAUAUUGGAGGAGCACUUGGCGAAGCCACUGCUGUCUAAUGUCAAGUCGAGCAAGGAGGCGGUGCGCAAUGGCACCCUGACAGCUUUCCGCGCUCUUGCCACCCGAUGCACAGAUCUUGAUGUUGUCGCCCGCGUGGUGGAUGAGACCCUCACGCCGCUGCAAUCCGGCAAGCUCACUUCUCCCGAGCACCGCACCAUCCACUCGCAAAUCCUGGAAGCGCUCCCGAAAUCUGAGGCCACGGCUGGCAAGGUCGCCACGGGCAUUGCCGCCGCGGCAUCAAAAGAGGGCAAUGAGACUGCUCUGACGGCCGAGACGACUUCUCUCACACAGAACACAAAGAUCCUCCUGGAAGGCUCGACCGGUGUGCCUAAACUGGUUGUGGAUGCUUACGUCAAGGGUCUCGCUGACAAGAAGGCGCCUGCGCGCCGCCUUUGGAUCAUUGCCGCGGGUGAGACUCUAUAUGGCUUCCACAAGGCGUCCGAGGGGCUGCCCGCCCAUGUUGUGAGGUUUGCAGAGUUUAUAUUCCCUCCACUGCUUGAUGCGUACUCGGAAGUCGUGGCGAACCCUUCUGCCGCUUCGCAAAAUGGCCUUGUUGCAGGCGGCCUUGUGGUUUGUGCCAUUGCGCCCUUCUUAUUCAAAGACACCUCGUCGACACCUCUCUCCACCUUAUCCAAGAAGUUCUCACUUGACAAGCAGUGCCUCGUGCUCCAGCCGAAGCCAUCUUUCCUCCUUAGCCCCAGAAUAUACACGAAACUCGCGACCGACGACGACAUCCGAUGGCUGUACCGUGCUCUUGUAGCUUCUUUCCCGGCGCUAGACGGCGAUGAAGAGUCCGACAUCAGCAUCGCAUGGGCGGAGGCCUAUAUUUAUGCGGCAACAUCUACUAAUGGUGGUCCGUUCCUGCGCAAAGAAGCUAACAGCGCCCUCUCUUACCUGUACUUGCAUGAUCCCAGCCGGGUCUCGAAGUCCGUGAUUGCAGGCCUGUGGCACUGGCUGGAGACUCUCGCCAACGGCGACAAGGAGAGUGCUUCAAUACUCUCCAAGUCGCAAAAUGCGCUACUUCUUUCUAUCCUCACCGCUAUUUGCCGCAGAGCCUCUGAUUUUGUCAGAGCGACCGGAGCCGGGCCAGAGAAAGACACAAUCGAGCAACAGAUGUGCGGCCUGGCUGUUCUAGCCCGCCCCGUGCUUAUCCCUGGGAGCAGCUGGAUCGAGCUUUGCCUGCGCGCUGAGGUGGACCCUGGUAGUCUUGCUCAACACCAUGAGAAGCUACUCCUAGAAGAGAUUGCCGAGCGCACACAGCUGACACAGACGUCGGACGGGAUCAAGACCGCUGCAUACGAAGCUGCAGCCGAGCUCGUCUUUGUGGCCCCCGAGCAGAUGGCGCCUCGCAUUGUCGAGCUGAUCCAGCACGACCUGGCUGUUGACGAGCUGCGGGCCAUUGGUCCUGUUGACGCAGCUAUUUUCCGGACUCCACCGGGCACCACCUUUGUUGAUGUCCUGGCCAAGACGACGAGCAACUUGCCCAGCAAGAACAGCAAGGACUAUGAUGUGCUCAAGUGGGAAGAGGAGCUUCGUGCACAGCUGGCCUCCAAGAAGGGUCAGCAAAAGAAGCUCACUGCCGAAGAGACGGCCAAGGUCAACGCCCAACUCAAGAAAGAAGCCGAGAUCCGCGAGAAGGUUGGCCUGCUCGAGGCGCGUCUCCUCCGUGGCAUUGGUGUCAUUCGCAGUCUCGCCACCGGCCCACCGACCAAUGCUUCGCAGUGGAUGGGCCCCGCAGUCAAGGCUCUCUUAGACGCUAUCGAGGCUGGUGCUUGCUUGAUCACUGGGGACGUGGCACCCAUGGCCUUCAUUACCCUGUCUGAGCGUGUUUCCAACCGUCUCGGUGCCAUGCGUCCAUUCAUCGGUGUUGCUACACUUCGGGCACACGACGUGUCGUCGCUCCCGGAAAACCUCCUUGAGGAGCCGCUGUCCGACCUGAUUACCCGCAUCCUGUACCGCCUGCGCUCCACUGGCGAGCAGCGUCCGUUCGAUACCGUGUCUCUCAUCUACUUCCUGCCUCUCAUUCUGCUGAUCCUCAACAAGGGCGGCUUUGCCCCCGAGGCUGAGGACCGUGAUGCUCAACUGGUUCUGGCUAUUGAGGUGCUCUCUUUCCACACCGAUGUGUGCGCUGACGAGGCAAUCCCGCGCUCUGACCUGCUCUCUGUUCUCAUCUUCUCGAUGCAAAACUACAGCCAAAACCACAAGAUUAUCAAGGACUGCUUUGCCGACAUGGUCCGUUGCGUGGCUCCGAAUAUCUCUAAGGAGGAGAUCAACAUCUUAUCCCAGGGUGUCAUUGUCACGCAAGCAAGUGUUCGGUCGACGGUCCUGCAGUCCAUUAGUGCUGAGGUUGACAUGAGCGAGCUCUCGACGUCUGAAGAGAUUUGGUUAGUGUGCCACGACGAUGUUGAGGAGAACGUCGACCUUGGCCGCGAGAUCUGGGAGGAGAGCGAGUUCAAGGUGUCGGAAGACCUGCCAGAGAGAACGCUGCCUUACUUGCAGAGCAAGGAUGCACAGCUUCGCCGCGCCGCUGCCCGCGCGCUUGCCGAAUCCAUUGUCAUUCUCAAGUCGCCCACGAUCUUCGACAACAUCACAUCGCAGCUGCGGUCGUCGUACACCGAGUUGGCCAAGCCUCGAGUGGCCCAGCUGGAUGAGUUUGGCAUGCCGAGGAAAAUGGACCUGUCUGAUCCCUGGGAGGCACGGCACGGCAUUGCAGCUGCGUUUAAGGAGCUGUCACCGAACCUGGACAAAGGUGAGGUUGAGCCGUUCCUGCACUUCUUGAUUGAACAGGGUCCACUUGGUGACCAGAACGGCACCGUCCGGCAAGAGAUGCUGGAUGCAGCCAUCCGCGCCAUUGAGGUUCACGGCAAGCCCAUUGUCGCCAAGCUUAUGCAGACAUUUGAGAAGACUCUGGCCGCUCCUGACAAGAACUCGGACGCCGCCGACCGCGUCAACGAGGCCGUCAUCAUCAUGUACGGCGCCCUCGCUCGCCAUCUCAAGCCCGGCGACGCCAAAAUCCCCGUCGUUAUCGAACGCCUGUUGGCGACGCUUAGCACACCAUCCGAGACUGUCCAGUAUGCCAUUGCAGAGUGCUUACCACCACUGGUCCAGACUAGCGGAGACAAGUCGUCCAAGUACUUUAACGACGUGAUGGACACGUUGAUGUCCUCCAAGAGCUAUGCUUCUCAGCGUGGUGCUGCCUACGGUCUCGCCGGUUUGGUCCUCGGCCGUGGUAUCGGAUCCCUGAAAGACUACCGCAUUCUGAUCACGCUGAAGGGUGCCAGUGAGAACAAGAAGGAGGCGAACCAGAGAGAAUCGGCCCUACUCGCUUACGAGCUUCUGUCAACCAUCCUCGGCCGGCUCUUUGAGCCCUACGUCAUCCAGAUCGUGCCCCAGCUGCUUGCCGGUUUCGGUGACAGCAACGUCAAUGUCCGUGAUGCGUCUCUGUCUGCCGCUAAGGCGUGCUUCGCCAAACUCAGUUCCUUUGGUGUCAAGAAGAUCCUGCCAACACUGCUCGACGGUCUCGACGACUCGCAAUGGCGAAGUAAGAAGGGCGCUUGCGACCUGCUCGGUGCCAUGGCUUACCUGGACCCGCAGCAGCUCGCCCAGAGCCUGCCUGACAUCAUCCCGCCUCUGACGGCUGUGCUCAACGACAGCCAUAAAGAGGUGCGCGCCGCCGCUAACAAGAGUUUGAAGCGCUUCGGCGAGGUAAUAAACAACCCUGAGGUGCGCAGCCUAGUGGAUGUCCUCCUUAAGGCCCUCAGUGACCCGACCAAGUACACCGAUGACGCCCUUGACGCGCUCAUCAAGAUCAAGUUCGUGCAUUACCUGGACGCGCCGUCCCUGGCGCUCAUCAGCCGCAUCCUGCAGCGCGGUCUCGGCGACCGGUCCAACACGAAGCGGAAGGCCUCGCAGGUCAUUGGCAGUUUGGCCCACCUUACGGACAAGAAGGAUCUGGUUGCCCAUCUGCCCGUGCUCGUCGCUGGCCUGAAGGUGGCCGUGGUCGACCCUGUGCCGACCACGCGUGCCACGGCCUCUCGCGCUCUUGGUUCGUUGGUAGAGAAGCUCGGCGAGGAUGCACUGCCCGAGCUGAUACCUGGUCUUAUGCAGACCCUCAAGUCCGAUACGGGUGCCGGCGACCGUCUCGGCUCUGCCCAGGCUCUCUCCGAGGUUCUUGCGGGCCUCGGCACAACUCGUCUGGAGGAGACGCUCCCCACCAUUCUCCAGAACGUCGAGUCGUCCAAGGCGUCCGUCCGCGAGGGCUUUAUGUCGCUCUUCAUCUUCUUGCCCGUCUGCUUCGGCAACAGCUUCUCGGCCUAUCUGGGCAAAAUCAUUCCGCCGAUCCUGGCGGGUCUGGCCGACGAUGUUGACUCGAUUCGCGAGACGGCCCUACGCGCCGGUCGCCUGCUCGUCAAGAACUUUGCCACACGCGCUGUCGACCUUCUGCUGCCCGAGCUCGAGCGGGGCCUGGCGGACAACAGCUGGCGCAUUCGUCUCAGCUCCGUGGAGCUUGUUGGCGAUCUUCUCUUCAACCUUUCUGGCAUCAGCUCUAAGCAAGAGGUGGAAGAGGAGGAGAUGGAGGAGGACGCCGUCCGUGAGGCGGGCGCAACGUUGCGCGAGGUACUCGGUGAAGAGAAGCGCGACAAGAUCUUGUCGUCGCUGUACAUCUGCCGCUGCGAUACCUCGGGUGCGGUGCGCUCGGCGGCGAUCAGUGUCUGGAAAGCACUCGUGUCCAGCCCGAGAACACUCAAGGAGCUGGUUCCGACGCUUACGCAGCUUAUUAUCCGCCGUCUGGGCAGCGCCAACAUGGAGCACAAGGUCAUUGCCAGCAAUGCUCUGGGCGAGCUGAUCCGCAAGGCCGGCGACAACAUUCUCCAGACGCUGCUGCCAACGCUGGGCGAGGGCCUCAAGACCUCGACCGACUCGGACGCCAAGCAGGGUAUCUGCCUGGCCCUGAAGGAGCUCAUUACGUCGGCAUCGCCCGACUCGCUCGAGGACCACGAGGCAGCACUCAUCUCCAUCGUGCAGUCUGCGCUUUCUGACUCAGAUGAAGAGGUACGCGAGGCCGCUGCCGAGGCGUUUGACUCGCUGCAACAGGUCAUCGGGAAGCGCGCUGUGGACCAGGUGCUGCCCAGUCUGCUACAUCUGCUCCAGAACGAUGAGGAGGCCGACAAUGCGCUGGCCGCGCUCCUGACGCUGCUGACGGAGACGACGCGGUCCAACAUUAUCCUGCCGAGCCUGAUCCCGACGCUGAUUGCGCCGCCCAUCUCUGCGUUCAACGCCAAGGCGCUCGCGUCGCUGUCGCGGGUAGCGAGCGGCGCGAUGAACCGCCGCAUGCCGCACAUUAUCAACUCGCUGAUGGACAACAUUAUCAACUGCGAUGAGGAGGAACUGCGCGAGGACCUGGACACGUCUUUCGACACGGUCAUCUUGUCGAUCGACGAGCACGACGGUCUCAACACGGUGAUGAACGUGCUGCUGCAACUGCUGCGCCACGAAGACCAUCGCAAGCGGGCAGCAACGGCGCGCCACAUGGCCGUGUUCUUCGCACAGGCCGAUGUCGACUACUCUCGCUACAACGCCGACCUGUUGCGCGCACUGCUCAUCUCGUUUGACGACCGGGACAAGGACGUUGUCAAGUCGGCGUGGAGCGCGCUGUCCGAGUUCACCAAGAAGCUGCGCAAGGAGGACAUGGAGGGGCUGGUGGCCUCGACCCGCCAGACGCUGCUGCAAGUGGGUGUGGCCGGCUCCAACCUGCCGGGCUUUGAGCUGCCCAAGGGUAUCAACGCAAUUCUGCCCAUCUUCCUGCAGGGCCUGAUGAACGGCACGGCGGAACAGCGGACGACGGCGGCGCUGGCCAUCUCGGACAUUGUGGACCGGACGAGCGAGGCGUCGCUGAAGCCGUUUGUGACGCAAAUCACGGGUCCUUUAAUUCGCGUCGUUACGGAGCGCUCGACGGACGUCAAGUGCGCGAUUUUGCUGACACUCAACAACCUGUUGGAGAAGAUGCCGACAGCACUCAAGCCGUUCCUGCCGCAGCUGCAGCGCACGUUCACCAAGGCGCUGGCGGAUCCUUCGAGCGAGCUGCUGCGGUCGCGGGCGGCCAAGGCUCUGGGCACGCUGAUAAAGUAUACGCCGCGCGUCGACCCGCUGAUUGCGGAGCUGGUGACAGGCUCCAAGACGACAGACCUUGGCGUCAAGAACGCGAUGCUCAAGGCGCUGUUUGAGGUGAUCAGCAAGGCGGGCGGCAACAUGGGCGAGCCGUCGCGGGCAGCCGUGCUGGGUCUGAUCGAUAUGGACGCGGACGUGCACGACGACACAAUGAUUAUUACGAACGCAAAGCUUCUGGGCGCACUGGUCAAGAACGUGCCUCAAGAGGUGGCCAUCGGCCUCCUCAAGAACCGUGUGGUGCCAACCCACGCCACGCACGCUUCGGCACUUGCGCUCAACGCGGUCCUGCUCGAGUCACCAGCUGUGCUGCUUGAGAGCCCCCUGGCAGAGGAUCUCCCGGCCCAGCUUGCUCAGGACAUGACCAACAAAGAUCUCUUCAUUGCCGACAACUUUAUCCUCGCGACGGGCAAGUACCUGCUUAGCCCGCAGGCCAAGUCGUUCGAGGACACCAAGGAGAUCUUUGAGACGCUGGCCAAGAACAUCCCGCCCGGCGGCCCGGCGGACACUCGUCGUCUGACGCUGGUGCUUGUGCGGACACUGGCCCGCGUGCACCCGGAUAUGGUGCGCCCGCACUUGCCGCUGCUCGCACCGCCCGUGUUUGCGUCGGUGCGCGAUCUCGUGAUCCCCGUCAAGCUAUCGGCCGAGGCAGCAUUUAUGGCGCUCUUUGACGUGAUCGACGAGGAGAGCAAGGUGUUUGACAAGUAUCUUGCCAGCCCUGCGGCGGCCGACAUGCCCGCCCAGACGAGGCGUGUGAUGGGCGACUACUUCAAGCGCGUGACGAUGCGUCUGGCAGCCCAGGCCCGUGAGCGUCGUGAAGCUGAGGGGGGCGCUGGCGGUCUGGGCCUGUUUGACGACGAGGUCGAGGACGAGCGCGAGAUCUGGAGCGUUGGCAAAGUGGACGUUGGAGCGGACGUCUUUGGCAAGGAAUAG